GAGCUCGACACUAUGGCAAGAACCAAGCAGACCGCCCGUAAGUCCACCGGUGGCAAAGCGCCAAGGAAGCAGCUCGCCACUAAGGCUGCUCGCAAGAGUGCACCGGCUACCGGCGGCGUGAAGAAGCCUCACCGUUACAGGCCCGGCACCGUGGCUCUGAGGGAGAUCCGUCGUUAUCAGAAGUCUACUGAGCUGCUCAUCCGCAAGCUGCCCUUCCAGCGCCUGGUGCGAGAAAUCGCUCAGGACUUCAAGACCGACUUGCGUUUCCAGAGCUCGGCCGUCAUGGCCCUGCAGGAGGCGAGCGAGGCAUACCUGGUCGGUCUGUUCGAGGACACCAAUCUGUGCGCUAUCCACGCCAAGAGAGUGACCAUCAUGCCCAAGGAUAUUCAGCUGGCCCGCCGUAUUCGCGGAGAACGCGCUUAAACCACAACUCCGUCUAAUAAACACAAAGGCUCUUUUAAGAGCCACUU